AUGAAUAAAAAUGAGCUGGUGCAGAAAGCCAAACUGGCCGAGCAGGUUGAGCGAUGUGAUGACAUGGCAGCCUGCAUGAAGUCCGUAACUGAACAAGGAGCUGAAUUGUCUAACAAGGAGAGGAAUCUUCUUUCAGUUGCUUAUAAAAAUGUUGUAGGAGCCCAUAGGUCAUCUUGGAGGGUCGUCUCAAGUUUUGAGCAAAAGACGGAAGGUGCUGAGAAAAAGCAACCGAUGGCUCGAGAAUACAUGGAGAAAAUUGAGACUGAGCUAAGAGAGAUCUGCAAUGAUGUACUGUCUCUUUUGGAAAAAUUCUUGAUCCCCACUGCUUCACAAGCAGAGAGCAAAGUCUUCUAUUUGAAAAUGAAAGGAGACUAUUACCGUUACUUGGCUGAGGUUGCUGCUUGUGAUGAUAAGAAAGGGAUUGUGGAUCAGUCACAACAAGCAUACCAAGAAGCUUCUGAAAUCAGUAAAAAGGAAAUGCAGCCAACACAUCCUAUCAGAUUGGGUCUAGCCCUGAACUUCUCUGUGUUCUAUUGUGAGAUUCUGAACUCCCCAGACAAAGCCUUCUCUCCUGCAAAGACAGCUUUUGAUGAAGCCAUUGCUGAACUUGAUACAUUAAGUGAAGAAUCAUACAAAGACAGCAACCUAAUAAUGCAAUUUCUGAGAGACAACUUGACAUUGUGGACAUCAGAUACCCAAGAAGACGAAGCUAAAGCAGGAGAAGGAGGGGAAAAUUAACUGUCCUCCCAACUUUUGUCUGCCUCAUUCUAAAAU